GGUUUACAGAGACAUGGAGCUUGAAAGAAUCAUUCGAGACACACUGACACACUUCAUCCAGUCCCACAUCCCUGCAGCAGACCUCAGUGGGAUGGAUGAUGUUUUCUUCUCUUACAUCACGGGUGUCCUGGAAGAGCUGGGCUCACCAGAGUCCUCCGAGGAGACUUUUGACAUGGACACCUUUGUGGAAAUGAUGGAGGCCUAUAUCCCUGGUUUUGCAGAAAUCCACAGUGGGGAUGUUUGUGAAAUGAUGUUCUCCCUCUCAGAAAGGCUUGGUGAAGCUCGUAACAAAGAAAAACCUGGCCAAAAGGCUGUGGAAAGCGGGAGCGAAGCACCUUCUGAAGACCUGACCAAGGGCCAGGAGCCUGGAGCUGGAGCCUGCAAUGGGAAGAGGCUGUGCACUCCAACAGAUGGAGCCAGUGCCCAGGAAAGUGAUGACUUGAAGGAUGGGGUAGAGCUGCUACUGGAGAUGUUCCCGGCCUGUACCAUGAGCCAGGCAGAGAAGGCACUCGCCAUGGCCUUGGGGAACUUGGAGGAGGCAGUGCAGUUAAUUGUGGAGGAGAAGGUGGAAAUUGGCCCAGCAGGUGCAAGUGUGAAGGUACUGUACUCUGAGCUGGUGCUCCACCAGCACUGUACACCCCAUGUGUUGUGCUGCUCACACUCCCACCUUGUCUCCUCCCAGGACCUGGCACGGCCCCGCAGAGCACCCAACCACGAGGAACUGAAACAGGUUAUCCUACAGAAAUACAUGAUGGUGGAUAGUGCAGAUGACCAGAAAACACAUCGGCCAGCUCCACCCAAAGAGGCUCCCAAGAAGCUGAUCCGCUACAUCGAUAACCAGGUGGUGAGUACAAAGGGAGAGAGGUACAAAGACAUCAAGAAGCCUGAGAGCGAGGAGAUGAAAAGAACCUACAUCAGCCUCAAACCAGCUAGGAAGUACAAAUUCCACUGAGAGCCAGGCCCUCCGACUCUUCAGCCUCCACUUGGCCAGCCAGGAAUGGCAGGACGGACACGUGGCCCUAGGGAUGAGGGGACUGCUCCAACUGCCACUAACUGGAACUAACUUGGGAGCCAGGACGCUGCUUUCAGCUUCCUCAACUAACCCAUCUGUCCAGGAGAAGACUUCUCUCCUUGUGUAGCUGUCCCUCUGCCCCCAGGGGCACACUGCAGUGGCUCUCCCAGGCCUGGGCAUUCUCUGCUUUUGCUUGCAUGGGACAUUUUUAGAUCUAAGAAGUGGCUUGUGCUUUUGCAGCAAGCUUUUUACAAGUCUGUGUGCACUGUUGCUUUAAAUUGAGUGCUAGUGUUAAUAAAGAUGAUGUGAGUUGGUGUGUAGU